AUGGUGGCGACCGAGGAUUCCGCUUCUUCAUCUUGUAACAGUAUUAGUGCUCAUACUACUGUUUGUAAUAAUAAUGGCAAUACUGAUAGUAUGGACGAGCCGAAGGACCCUUCGCGUGAACUUCCAACUAGGAUUAUCAAGGGUGGGGAGCUUGAAAAAGAGGUAUUAGAGAGGGAUCGCUGUCUACGCUGCUUUUUUUAUCUAGACCACGGAAAUGAAUCACCGAACGAAAAAGAAGGAGAGGGUGAAUCUAAUUCUCCUUUAUUUUCUGAUAGCAUGAUCAAUAAUAAUAAUAACAUUAGUACUAGCACUAAUAUUAAUACUUCGACUAUUCCCCCUUAUUUAAAUGUGGAGGUGGGUAAGCUGCGAUUUCGCGUUGGUGGCGGCCCUCAUCGGACAGCAACGCUGGCAGAGGUUAUUGUUCGACGUAUGGAGCUCCUCGGUAUGAACUUGUCUUCCUUUGUUUUGAUGCCUAUUCUUGAUAAUGGUGAAGCAAAUGCGUGCGUUUUACCCUGCGAAAAGGUAGAAGAUAUCGCGGCAGUGGUGAAAACGCUUCGGGUGGUUGACAGCACAACGGCAUCAACAAUGGUAGUCGAUCCGUUUAUCUCUUCAAUGAAUGCAAAUAUCCUCACCACAAAAAAUGAAAAUGGCAAAUCGGGUUUCAUACGUAGCACCUCUUCCAAUGAAAAAGGUGAAGUUUUACCACUCUCACCCUCAAAUAUGCAAACUCAACGUUUAAUACCCGAUGGACCUUCUCAGAUCCCUCUCCAGGAGUCAUUUUAUGGUGGCUAUAUUCCUGACGGAGAGGGGGAUGCUAAUAAGGCGUGGUCGGCAAUUCAUACCUGCAUCUCCGCCCCGAUUACGGCAUUAACCUAUGAGAGCAGUGCGGGAAUAAUAUCGCAUACAAGGUUAACGGGAAGCUCCUCAGCUUCCGAAACGCAUACUACAUGGGAUGAGGAACUAACUUCUUUUGACGAAGAAAACAGCGAAAAGUCUCUUGUUUCCUCUUCCUUGUCAUCGUCAACUCAUCUUUUCGAGGAAUCUAUGUUGACAAAUGACUUUAGGUCGAUGAUAAAGCGUGUUCAGGAGUUGACGCCCUCCAACUCGGAGUUUUCUUCGGAAGAAAACAACAGCGACUGUGCGGAAUCCGACGGGGCGGUGGGAUACCACAACGAAACUUUAAAUACGGCCGACGGCUUGCCUUCCCCUUUGUUCUACCACGAUUCGACCACCUUAAACCAGGUGGAUAGCGAGACCCCCUCUGAAGGUAUCGCGUGCAAUCCAUCCCACGAGUUUGCCAACUUGUCCAAUGCGGAAACGACGUAUCCGACCGUGUGUAUUUCGACUUCCAGGAGCUCGGAAUCAUCCCCUCCCCCUUUUCUGGCGGCUAAUGAUGAAGAGGAACUUCUUCCGGAUGAAUUUUCGGAAAAAAACGAAGAGGCCCCGACGCAGGCACUACACCGCCUUGGAGGUCGAAAACGGUCUCGAAGUGGGGAUGUUGAAGUGCAUGGCACCCCCCCGCCUUACAAGGUGGCGAAUUGCAGCUACACCCCUCCAUCUUUUGGCGUCCGCGCACCCAACCCUAAUAGAAACAUGGAUGAACCUACAAAGGAUUCGAUGGCCAAUAAUAUUGUUGGGGAUUCGACUCUUCACACGACCCCGCGUUCUAUCUCAAUGCCAUCCUCUUGCCCGACCACCACGGUGAUGACACCCUCGCCGAUUUCCUUCAAGCCUGAGGAUCUUCCGCCUUCUUUGUCGUCCUUUUCGUUGGGUUCCUCGGGGUUUUUCUUUCCAAUGGGGAGGGUUUCUCCCUCCCAAUCCCAAGUAGAGGUUUCCUACUCCAUGGCGCUCUCCAAAACCUCAACCCCAGAGCCCUCUCAGCCUAUCGAUCUCACGCCAAACGCAGGGCUCUUCCACAGUCCUCUCGAGCCCAAUCCGGCGCCCGCCAUCGUGGUCACCCAGCAACCCAUACCGGAUUAUUUGUACGGCUUCGACGACUCGAUCACCGGCAAAAAUCCACCGGAAGAGGAGAACUCGUAA